AUGGUCUUUUAUAUAAUUAUUGCAGCCGGCGGAGAAAGCGAAGAUGAGAUUGAGCGAAUAGCGAACGAACUGGAAGAAUUCUUUGAGAAAGCCCAAAAUGUGAUUUCAAAUUGCGCACAAAUACCACCUGGUGAAGAGCGACAGGGACGAGUCAAUAAGCUGCAGCAGCAACUGCAAGAGCAAGACAAAAAUAUCACAUUCCUUGCAAAUAAUCAUCCUGAUAAGGAGAAGGCACGAUUUCAUUAA